ACAGACAAACUCUUGAGUGAGUACAGAAGGCGUAGAGACUUCUCCCGCCACAUCGUGCACAUUGACAUGGACGCUUUUUUCGCCGCUGUUGAGAUGCGUGACAAGCCGGAGCUUAGACACAUACCGAUGGCAGUUGGCAGCAACAGCAUGCUUGUGAGCCAUGAUUACAUUCAUUCUCCUCAAUGUUUUCAGAUUAUAUAA